UUAGAUUACGCUCAGUAUUUCCGGUGUUCGUUACACUAUCUUCCGACAGGGUAUCUCCGUUAUGUUCUACUUGAUCUCGAAGCUAUUCUAAUUAACUCUCGCAUGUCAUUUAAAUUCAUUGCGAAACACCAUAUUUUAAUAUAAUGAGUACAUUUAGCGCUGAAUGUGGUAACCCUUUUUACAAUGCGAAAAAGUAGCAACAUUUCGCUGUCCUCAAAUCACAAGAAGCUAAUACUUAAGCAACGCUAAAGCCGACGUUCGAGUCAAGUUAUUGUACAGAAUGCCGCCCAUUCGCCGCCUGAAAAGAGCUCUGCUGCACCACGAGAAGAUCAACCUCCUGGAUAUGCUCGAAGGUGGGAAAAGUUGUGCCGAAGUUGCCCGUCAUUAUGACUUGAACGAGAGUACAGUCCGGUACAUAAAGAAGAAGGAGACGGAAAUAAGGAUGGCCCAUAACGAACUGUUGAUGAUGACGGGUCUUGGCAAAUGUAAAACAAGCGAUCAGAAUGUUGCAGAUGGUGGCCAACCCACUUGGAACUUCUCAGAGAGACGUUUACGCAGCUUCAAAAGUCGUAAAUGUACAAAUGCAAACCUCCAACCUCAGGACUCCCCCGGAAGGCCCAAAAGAAAAACACAAUCAAACCUGGCUUGCGUGUCAUCAGCUACAUCAGAUGGGGAUGAAGCAGAAGCAGAAGUGGAAGUCGUCGUAGAAGACGAUGAAGGGGAAAACAAGGAAGAUGUAGAAGACAACAACGAUGAAGAAAACGAUGUCGAUGACAAAGGUCAUAUUGUAAAAAAACAGAGAAAACUAGAGGCAAAGGACUCAGUAUUGCAAACGAAAGAGUGCAUUGCAGAGGAAGCAGAGCACAUGUAUGACACUCACAUUUGCCCCGAGUGUCGGCGCUGUUUCAAGAUGCGCUCCCAUCUCCAAGAACACCUGCAUUUGCAUUAUCCUGACCCAGGUCUGCAGUGUCCCACCUGCGAGCGCUUCUUCACCAGCCGGAGCAAACUGCGCGUGCACCAGCUCCGCGAGGCGGGCGAAAAAGCCCACCAUUGUCAUUUAUGCGACUACUCCGCCGUGGAGCCAAACGCCAUCCGCCGCCAUCUCAUCACCGUCCACGCGGACGAAAUGGAAGAGGACGCAACACACCACCGCUAUCCGUGUCCCACUUGUGGUCAAAGCUUUGGCCAGAGCGGGACGCUGAAGGCUCACAUGAAGACUGAGCACGCCCGAGCACCCAAAACGGCGGUGGCGUGCUUUCACGAUGGUUGUCCUUUCCGGAGUCAUCUGCGCAGGGCUCACAUGCGACACUCGGCGGAGGAGCACGGGAUCACGGCGGUAGGGUGUCCCCAUCACGCCUGCGUUGCCGUCUUUCCCAGUGAGAACCACAUGGAAACUCACUUCAAGACUCACCUCGCUUACCACUGCUCACAGUGUGAUUUCUCGUGUUCCAACAAGGCCGCCUUCCUGCGGCAUCAACGGCAGGGCCACGCAGGCAGUGAGAAACUCUGCUGCGACUUUUGUGACUUUUCGACAUUCAACCCGGUGCAAUUCAAACGACACAUUGGACACUUGCACGCCAAUGAGAAGAUCCACCGGUGCUCACAGUGUAGCUACGUGACAUCACACAAGAGAGCCUUGAAUCGACACAUGCUGACGCAUAGUGGUGAGAAGCCCCACAAGUGUCAAUUGUGCGACUUCCGGUGCAGAGACGAGUCAUACCUCUCCAAGCAUAUGCUCACACACUCGGACGACAGGAACUUCAUAUGUGAGGAAUGUGGAUACGUCACUAAAUGGAAGCACUGUCUGAACAUCCACAUGAGGAAGCAUGCAGGAGACCUCAGGUAUGAGUGUGAUCAAUGCCCUUAUCGUUGUCACCGCAUGGACCAGCUCAACAGCCACAAACUACGACAUCAGGCCAAAUUGCUCAUGUGCGAGCUCUGUGCCUAUGCCUGCAGACGCAAAUGUGAGCUUCGUAAGCACAUGUUAGUCAAACAUUCGGGAGAGGGACAGCAAGCAUCUGUGCACCAGUGCAAAUACUGCACAUACACGACACGUUUCCUGCAAGCCCUUCAAAACCACGAGAACUGUAAACACACCAGACUGAAACAAUACCGCUGCGCUCUCUGUCCCUAUUCUUCGUACAGUAGCAUCAGCCUCUUCCUGCACAAGAGAAAAGCUCAUGGUUACGUGCCCGGUGACAAAGUCUGGCUGGAGAAUUAUGCGGCAAAAGAGAGGGAGAGACCCUCAAACAGCAUGCUCGAGGACUCACAGAUUGCUCAAGAAAUAUCCGCCGUGUCCACCAAAGAAGCCAUUCUGACAAAGGCGUCUGAUUUCAAGGCUACACGAGAUCCGUUUGCCGGCCAGGCUGCUGAAGUUCGCUCAACAGCUGUUCCGCUACUGGAUGCUGAUGAUGUCCCGCGAAAGGAGGGGACCACUGAAGGAAUAUCGCAAAGUCCUCCACCUGAUGCCGGUCCAGAAUACUGCACUCUUGUUUUAACAACUUUGACCCCCGAAUGUGAGACAUUUCUGUUGCCAAAGGAGGAUGCAAACUGUCACAUUAUGUCCACGAACACAGAUUUGGCUACGACAAACCCAGCAGAAGUUGAGAAAAAGACUGUUCAUUAUGAGAGUGAAAAAUGUUCCUAUGAAUCUGAGAAUGAAACUCCUGAAUCACCGCCAGAGAAAAAUCUAGUUUUGGAACACGAUCGCCUUUCCAAUCCAAAUGAAGCUCUGGUUCUCGACGGCAGAGUCCAGAUGCUGGCAGUGACAACUCAAGAUGUUUAUCGCUGUGACCAGUGCUCUUAUGUCACCAAGAAUGGGAAGACUCUUCAGCGCCACCAUCGGUCUUUGUGUCGUGGUCGACAGCGGAAUCACAAGUGCCUGGCCUGUGGUGCCCAGUUCAAACAGAGACGGGGCCUCGAUGGGCACCUUGCCAAGAAGUGCCCACAGACGUUGGUUGGCAAAAGAGCCGCACAAAGAGAAGACAACUGUACUGCCAAUCAGGACACUUCUGAAAAACUAAGAGGAGCUCAGGCUCUCUCUCAACAACAGAGGAUUUCAGCAGAAGUCGAUGAUCAUGUCUCUGUUCUGAGCGUCUUGACAUCCGGUGAUCCAGAGCGUUAUCUAAGUCAGCAUGGAGACGUUUCGGUACGUAGGAACGCAGCACAUUCCAGGAAAUUCACGUGCAACUUUUGCACCUAUUCAUCGGUCAAGCUGGCAACGUUUAAUCGACACGUUUCCAUUUGCCGAAAAAGAGGAAAAUGCAGCCGAAGCGUCGGUGUGUCAGGCAAAGAAAAACAACCUAUUGAGGAGGGGCCUGAGAAAGAUUCUUCCGGUGUGCCUGAAGGCGGACUGGGAAAUGCUUUGGCCCUCCAGGAAGAGCCCAAGGUAGUCCAGAGUUCCAGCUGUGCUGUUGAGCCAAAGCAUUUACACCAGAACUCUUCCCUCGAUCAAGAAGGACACAAGGCACGAAAGCAAACGGGUACUUCAUCCCCUCAUACUUGCCCUUACUGUCCUUUCGCCACCACCAGGCGCUACCGUUUGGAAGAGCAUCGGUCCCUUCACACGGGAAGCGGACGCCACGCCUGCGAUGUCUGCGACAAGACAUUCGGGGCGGCCAACAAGCUUCGCCAGCACAAGAUACGUGUCCACGACAGGCGACCCACUCUGCCGUGCUCGUUUUGUGACUACGGCGGCUACACGGCGGAUGACUUGAGGCGGCACACUCGCAGGUGUCACACGGGGGACUUAAAUCAUGACUGCACCGAUUGCGAGGCUCACUUCAGUUCGGAAGCUGCUCUGAGGAACCACCGCAUACGAGCGCACCGGCAGCGGGAACAUUUCCCCUGCCUGCGGUGCAACUACGCUUGCGGCAGCAAGGCCGCAUUGAGGAGCCAUCAACACAGCGAGCACCGGGAGUCAUUCGGAACCAAAGACAAUGUUGAGGCUCAUCUUAAAACCCACCUGGCCCACCACUGUCACCUCUGUUCCUUUGCCGGCAAAACCAAGCGGCUCCUUGCACAGCACCUUCUGGAUGAGCACGAGGAAGGGUCGCCCUCAGACAAACCACUGCGCUGCGGAAGCUGCGCGUUUGCUUGUCGGCACCCACUGGUGUUGGAACAGCACCUGCGUUCCCAUGGAGGCAAGCGCAUGUACAAGUGCAUGGAUUGCAAGUACUCGACGGGCAACAAGCAGAAGAUCACCUGGCAUGUUCGCAUACAUACGGGGGAGAAGCCAUACAGGUGUGAGCAUUGUAGCUAUGCCUGCGUCGAUCCCUCCAGGCUGAAGCUUCAUAUGAGGGUCCACCGAGAAGAAAAAAAGUACCUUUGUCCUGACUGCGGCUACAAAUGCAAGUGGGCCACUCAGCUGAAGUACCACAUGACCAAGCAUACAGGGGAGAAGCCGUACGGCUGCGACCAGUGCGACUACCGCACCAACCGAGCGGACGCCCUCCGUGCCCACCGGACCACCCGGCACUGCGAUGUACGGGCCUUCGUCUGCGAGAAAUGCGGCAAAGCCUUCAAGACCAGCUUCAUUCUGAAGACCCACCAGCGGCAACACGGUGACCAGCGACCGUACGCCUGCGGCGUGUGCCACAAGGCUUUCCGCUGGCCCGCCGGUCUCAGGCAUCACUUCCUGACGCACACCGAGCAGCUGCCGUUUGGCUGUUGUCACUGUUCAUAUCGGGCCAAGCAAAAGUUUCAGGUGGUCAAACAUUUGCAGAGGCACCACCCGGGGAUGCCUGUCGAGCAGGGGGUGGUGAGGGACUUGGACACCGGUGGCCUCACCCUGAAGGAGGCCAUGCAAGGAACGCUGACCGGUAGGGGAACAGAGGAGGAGCAAGAUCAAGAAACGAUGAGCAGCGGACAGACUGUGAGUUCAAGUCCAUCGAAUGUUCAUAAUUGAUGACGUUGCAGUCAAAAAAAUUUGACACUUUGGGGUCUACCAAUUCAUCUUAAAGCUCCUGUCAUGUCGUGGGGGGGUAUUUAGCCCAGGUUAGAAUUUGUAAAACUGAAAGAACAAAUAUUCUGCUUGGCUAGUUCCCGUCUCCUUUUAUAAUAUACAGCAAUCAAGCUAAUCACGUCGUCAC